GAAAAAAAGAGGCAAUAAUUCGAAGUGAGAUAAAAAGCAAUGAAUGCCCAUGAAACCCCCCGCUUUGAGGUUGUCCGAUAUGGGAUCUUUCCCUGCCCUUCCUCAGUAACCCUCCGUUUUCUCUUCAUAUAUAAAACAAAUAUUAUAUCAUUGGUUCCCUCAUCUCCUCCGAAAUGUUCAGCUCCCAUUCAAACAAUCUAUCUUUUCUGUAGCUCAUCUUUGAAGAUCAUGGGGUUGUCUUGUUAUCUUUGAAGACAGUCAAAAAAAUACAAUAUGCCAACAGUUUGGUUGUCCUUGAAGAAAUCUCUGCACUGCAAAUCAGGGCCAUCCGAAGUUCAUGACCCAAAAACCAGAAGAAAUCUAGGCGCCAUUUUGACAAGAAAAACAGGGGUAGGAAGAUCGGGUUGUUCCAGGUCCAUUGCAAAUCUCAAAGAUGUCAUCCAUGGCGGCAGCAAGAGGCAUUUGGAUAAGCCCCCAAGUUGCAGUCCAAGAUCCAUUGGCAGCAGUGAGUUUCUCAACCCAAUAACCCAUGAAGUCAUUCUCACUAACUCAAGGUGCGAGCUCAAAAUCACCGGAUUUCACGGCGCUUUCCCACCAGAUGUGCCUUCCUCCGCCGAUGAACCCCUCACAGAUCGUCCCGCCGCCUCCACUUUUGUGGGUACUCUGACACCGGGUACGCCGGGCCCCGGUGGCCACCCCACAAUGCAUUACUUCAAUCCUUCCUUUAGGUCUUCUUCCAGAAAGUUCCCUUUCAGAGAGGGAUUUGGUAGCUCCAAUAAAUCUGGCGGCGGCGGUGGAGCUCGCAGCCUCGGUGGUGGAGGUGGAGUCCAUACGAGUAACAGAAUCUCAUUGGAGACCGAGAUUGAUGGGAAUAGAUCUUCUUCUGCGGUCACUUGUCAUAAAUGUGGAGAGCAGUUCAACAAAUGGGAUGCUGCUGAAGCUCAUCAUCUUUCUAAACAUGCUGUGACUGAGCUUGUGGAAGGAGAUUCAUCAAGGAAAAUUGUGGAGAUCAUAUGCAGGACAAGCUGGUUAAAGUCUGAGAAUCAAUCUGGUCGGAUUGAAAGAGUACUCAAAGUUCACAAUAUGCAACGAACGCUAGCCCGGUUUGAGGAGCAUCGUGAGACGGUUAAGAUCAAAGCCAGCAAGCUCCCGAAGAAGCACCCUCGGUGCCUUGCCGAUGGAAACGAGCUGCUGCGAUUCUACGGCACGACAGUCGCGUGCUCCCUCGGCUUGAAUGGCUCCUCCAGCCUCUGCAUAUCGGAGAAGUGUUGCGUAUGCAGGAUCAUACGCAACGGAUUCUCGGCAAAGACAGAGAUGAAAGAAGGGAUAGGCGUGUUCACAACUUCGACAAGUGCAAGAGCAUUCACCUCGAUCGAGGCGUCGGGAGGGGGGGAGGAGGGGGGGAUGGUGAGGAAGGCGAUGGUAGUUUGCAGAGUGAUUGCAGGGAGAGUUCACAGGCCAUUGGAGAACAUACAAGAAAUGGCUGGGCAGACAGGGUUUGAUUCAUUGGCAGGAAAAGUUGGGCUGCAUUCAAAUAUAGAAGAGCUUUAUUUGCUGAAUCCUAGAGCUUUGCUUCCAUGUUUUGUGGUAAUUUGCAAAGCAUGAAAGGAAAUUACUGUGGUGAAUUUGUAAUUUCUUGUUCACCUUUUGGAAGAUUUUGAUACUUCUUUUGAAUUAUGUCUGCCAAAAUAUAUGAAAAAGUUGUGAAGCUUUUGUUGUGGCGUUUAGUUGUUUAAUAGAACUGGAAAACUUUUCAAA